GACUACUUUUGCCUGGAGUCCAGUUUAGAGGGUCGAAGUUAAUAUUUAUCCUUGUUUUGUUCUCUAAGGUGUAAGAUUUACUGUGGUUGACGAGCAUUAGGCUAGUUUAUUCCAAACGAUGAAAGGUCUUAGCCUCUCAAGCUUGAAAUCUCACCCUGCUCUGAUUCCUCUCUAUGCGUGUGUGGGCUUGGGAUGCUGUGGAGCAUUGCUGUAUACUUUGAGAUUAGCUGUUCGCAGCCCUGAAGUGUCUUGGAAUAAGAAGUCAAACCCUGAACCCUGGAAUGAAUAUUCCAACAAACAACACAAAUUUUAUUCUCCAGUCAGAGACUACUCAAAAAUUGAAAGCCCUGCACCAAAAUAUGACUGAAAUGUAGUAAUUGUGUAUUGUAUUUCAGGUAGGGAAACUGACAUUCUAGUACAGCUCAGUUUUAAAGGAAAAUAUGUAAUAGAUGUGCAAAUAAUAUUGUAUGGUUAUGGAAUUUGGAGGUACUUGCCAUACUUCCAGAAUGUAAAUAAAGUUUAAUUUCAAUUAA